AUGCAUGCGUCAUGUACGUACAUUCAAGAUAUUCUUUGGGAAUGUGUCGUUAAGUUUCGAGAUGAUUCCACUGUUCAAGAAAUGAAGAAACUCGUACCCGAAGGUGGGACCCAUUAUCAAUAUUUACCGAUGUACAGGUUAUUCAAGAAAACUCGUACAGGAAAGUGGGAUCCAUUAUCAAUAUUUACCGAUGUACAGACGUUGAUCGAGAAAUUAGAUGCAACUGACUCAGCUAGAGAUGAAUUAGAAGACCUAUACGUUUCCACCAAAGUAUUAAUCAUGUCUCAACUGCAGGAAGAGGCCCACAAUGCAUCAGUGCUAGACGUAACAGCAAUGAUGCCCACCUCAAAUCGCGAAAUAUACCUCACAAAUAUUGAAAAAUUUAAUCACUUACUGAACUGCCUUACUGGUCAAGCUCUAGAGACAGUACAGGCAUUUCCUAUUUCGAAUGAAAACUAUCCAAAGGCUCUGGAUAGGCUUAAAUCGCGCUAUGACAAUAAUAGCCUAAUCUUCGCCGAAAAUAUCGCGACACUAUUUGAUCUACCAGCAGUAUCGGGUCAGUCAAGCCAACAACUUCGUAGUCUGGUAAACAAUGCAUCCGCUUUGUAUGGUUCACUCUGUUCGCUAGGUACAGAGAAACAAAUAUGUGAGGCUCUACUUAUCUCGCUAAUCAUGCAAAAAACGGACGCAAUUACACGUAGGAAAUGGAAUGAAUCGCGUAACUUUGACACAUUACCCAGUUGGGAAGAUUGCUCAAAAUUGUUGGAUAGACAUUGCCAGUUUCUCGAAUCACUUGACAGUGGAAACGGCAAUCAGUCAUCAUCACAACGUAAACCUAAUAGUCUUAACUCCAAGACUAACAGACGCUCAAACCAAUACGCAUUUGUUGCAUCUACAUCUAGCAAUUCUUGCUCAUUUUGUUCUAGCAAUGAACACCUAAUACAGAAUUGUCAUCGUUUUAAGGCACUGGAGGUGGUUCAAAGGUUUGAAAAGGUGAAGAGCCUAAAACUCUGCAUAAACUGCUUAUCGCCACGCCAUCAUGUGGUUAAUUGCACAUCAACGUUUAAAUGUAAGGUUUGCGCAAAGCCACAUCACACUCUCUUGCAUCAUUCGCAAUUGCCAACGAAUAUUAAGAGCGCGGGAUCAUCACGACGCACAGAACACGCUGCUAUGCCCAACGACAACGUUGCCAGCCAUUCCCAUCUUAAUAUGUCAUCGGCCGAGCAAAUAAUUCUAGCCACUGCAUUGGUUUUAGUGAAGGAUUCAUCGGGAAGUUAUCAAGUGGGUAGAGCCUUACUUGAUUCAUGCUCUCAGGUCAACUUCAUAACGGAGAAGUUUUCAAAGAAGCUUAGUUUAGCAAAACAUAAACAUCGGUUGCAUGUUUCCAGUAUUGGUAGUUCGUUGACCAACAUAAAGUAUCAGACGCUCACAUCAAUCAAAUCUCGUCAUUCAAAUCUUGAACUUGCUUUAAACUUUGGUAUUACGAAUCACAUCGCAUAUCAACCAAGUUCUGAAAUCGAUAUAUCGUCGUGGAAGGUUCCACCAAAUACACCUCUCGCCGAUGAGCAAUUCUUUAAAUCCAAGCGCGUUGAUCUCUUGCUUGGAGCUGAAAGUUUCUUUGAUAUUUUGUCUGUCGGUCAAAUCAAACUAGGUGAAAAUUUUCCAGUACUUCAAAAAACACUAUUAGGAUGGAUUGUAUCUGGCAAGUACAAGGGUCAGCCAUUUGCAUCACCAGCAGCAAAAUGCCUAUUAUCAGUUGAAGAUACAGUCUCCGAUCAAUUAGAAAUGAUGUGGAAGAUAGAGGAAGUGCAAUCGGCUUCAAAGUCAUGGUCACCAGCACAUGUUGCGUCAUUAUAUCGUGAAACGGUUCACCAAAAUGCGAUGGAAAGAAUUGUCGUUCGGUUACCAUUCAAAGAUUCACCAGAUUGUCUUGGUUUGACACACAAUAUCGCCUUGCGCCGUUUUUAUUCUGUAGAACGGCGAUUGUCAUCUAAUCGUGCACUGAAGCAAGACUAUCAAGAAUUCAUGAAACAAUAUCGAGAGCUCGGACACAUGACGCGUGUUGAGACUCCGAAAACCAACGAACCACAUUAUUAUAUCCCUCAUCAUUGUGUUUUAAAACCGUCGAGCACUUCGACCAAGCUGAGGGUGGUUUUUGAUGCGUCAUGUCCAACAACUUCGCAACGUUCAUUAAAUGAUAUUCUACUGGUCGGCCCGACAAUUCAGCCGGAGUUAUAUUUGUUGCUACUUCAAUUUCGUUUGCACCGAUAUGCCUUGACGGCUGACAUUGUUAAGAUGUACCGACAGAUACUGAUAGAUGAACCAGAUCGAAAAUUCCAAUAUAUUUUUUGGCGAGAUACGGAGUCCGAUCCUGUUAGUACUUACGAGUUGAAUACAGUCACUUAUGGUACUGCAUCAGCACCUUUCCUAGCAACCAGGAGUUUGCAGUAUUUGGCGGACAAAUUUGAAACACAAUACCCAAUAGGCGCUGCACUCAUUAAAUCAUCGUUCUUUGUCGACGACUUCUUAGGUGGAGCAGAUUCCAUUGAUCAACUCACCAAUAUCAGACAUCAGUUAACGGCCAUUCUACAGAAGGGUUGCUUCGAUCUUGACAAAUGGCAUUCAAACCAUCAUGACUUCAUCAGCGAUACUACAACAAAGAGUUUGAAUCUUGAUACAGAUACAGUCACCAGCGCUCUAGGCAUCAAGUGGCACCAAAUGCAAGAUGUUUUCCUAUUUUCGUUUAAUGCGCAACCAGGUCAUAUUGUAACAAAACGCACCAUCUUAUCCCUUGCGUCUUCAUUAUUCGACCCGCUUGGAUUACUAGCACCGAUCAUACUCGUAGCCAAAAUUAUGAUGCAAGAAUUGUGGCUUUUGCGUGUGGACUGGGACGAGUCAGUCCCUCAAAAUCUUCACUCAGCUUGGAAAACAUUUAUUCAAGAUCUUACAACGCUUUCAUCGGUUAAGGUGCCGAGAUACUGCCUAUUCAUAAACUAUCAACAGGUUGAUGUACACGGUUUCUGUGACGCUUCAAUACGCGCAUAUGGUUGCUGUAUAUUUCUCCGAUCACAAAACACAUCAGAUUGUAUUACAUUGGUUGAAGCAGCACUCAUCAACCCUGUCUGCAUUCGUUGGCAAUCGAGUAGCGGAAAUUCAAGAUAUUACCGCAAAUGGGCAAUGGAGACACGUUCCUACCCAAUCCAACCCGGCAGAUGUUGUGUCGCGCGGCUGUAA